GGGGGAGGAGCGGCUUGGCGCGGCGGGCCGGCCCGGGAGCUGGCGGCGGGCGCGGCCUACGCGUGGAGCUGGCCGUGGGAGCCUCGCGGGGGUCGCCUUCUGGGGCCGAGAAUUGUCAGUAACUGUGACAUGGUACACCAAACUCAAGUGUGAAAGCACAAGGCAAAAUUUCAUAUGGCAAUCACUUCUGUGCUGAAGCAUCAAAUUACUCUGAAGCUACUCCUGCUGGUACUGGACCUGCACAUGAUCACUGUUCAUACAGUCAGUGAAUUAGCAAUCAAGAAGCAUGAUGAGAGUACUUACUAACAACAAAAAAGCAGAAAUUGUUGGCAGAACUACACUUUGAAGACUGUGGAAAGUUCUCUAGCCCUUUAAUUCAGUGAUUAAGUUCAAGACACAGGGCCAAUGAAAUACAAAUCAAGUGUGUCCUCGGUGUCCUGCAGUCUACAAUAUCACCAUCCAUUGAUAAAGUGGAGUCCAAAAAUGAAUUUACACAUAGUGCGGACUUACUGCUCCUCAGCACCUAAGAGGCCUGAAGCCAAGUCUGCGAUAGAAAUGGCCAUGGGUCGUCUUAAUCGGCUGACAGAAGCUGGCACUGUUAUGGGAAAAGACUCCCUUCAAAAAAUGUCUGCAAUAUGUAAGAGUUGGUGGGACAGAUAUGAAGAGUUUGUUGGAAUUAAUGAAGUUCGAGAGGCUCAGGGAAAAGUGACAGAGGCUGAAAAUGUCUUUAUGAUAGCUCGAGGGAUAGUACGAGAGGCUCGUGAAAAUGUAGAAGCCCAACAGAUGAAACUGAAGGAAAUUCGUGACCGCUUAGACAGGGUAUCUCGAGAUGACACCCAGUAUUUAGAACUGGCUACUCUGGAACACAGGCUGCUGCAGGAAGAGAAGAGGUACCGAGCUGCAUAUUUAAAUGCAGAAGAAUCUGAGAGAGAAAAAUUCUCUCUCUUCUCUGCAGCUGUACGGGAAAGCCAUGAGAAAGAGCGAACAAGAGCUGAAAAAACGAAGAACUGGUCUAUUAUUGGUUCUAUUCUGGGAGCCAUUAUAGGUGUUCUUGGUUCCACCUAUGUUAAUCGAGUAAGGCUGCAGGAAUUGAAAGUCUUGGUGCUUGAAGCACAGAAGGGCCCAAUAAAUUUGCAAGAAGCCAUCAAAGAGCAGGCCUCCAGCCAUUACUUACAGCAGAAGGAUCUCAGUGAUGUCAUAGCAGAGCUGAAAAAUGUGCUGCAAACAAGGACAUCACAGGAAAUAAAAGAAGGUGCUUUGUUAACUAAAGAAGAAAGGAAUGACUCCAUAAAAAUAGAUUCUCUUUUAAUUCCUUUAAACGAACAGCUAAAGUACACUAAACAAGUCAGUUCAUGUCUAGGGAGUUUACAACAGCAGUUUAACAGUCUGCAGGGAAGUAUAGCGCAAGUGAUUUCUGAGAUGCAGAGUGUUAAACUUGCAGUCCAUUCUAGAGCUACAGAAAGAGUGACGCCAAGGCCUUCAGUGGAGGGUAAGGGCCAGGCUUCUGCCGUAAGAGAUGUGAUUUUAGAAUUGUGUGAUACAGAGCGGAGACUGGAAACACAAAUCAAGAGAAAUUCUAUUUACAGCACUGCGUUGACAUGUGCUAUGUUUGCUAUUACUAUGCCAGUACUCUAUAUUAUACUUAAAGGGAACUGAUCUCUAAUUAAUUGCCACAAUUUACUAGAUUAAUAAAAGUAAACUUGCACUUUAAGUACUUAGAGUACAAGUCCAAAUAAAGUUGUGUUAGCAUUUCUCAUGCUUUCUCCUGUAUAUUUGGAAAACUUGUAAAGACUUAGUCCAUCUACUACUGCAGGCUCUAUGUCUUUGUCAUGUGUUGUUUUUAACUCCUCAAGCAAAGGAAAUUCCACAGUUUCAUCUGUUGAUUUCAUUUACUGCUUUCACUCUUUUACUUUCUGGUCUUGUAUAUCAUGCCAAUCAAUGACUUUCACUCUGAAACUGUAUUGUUGAUUUUCUGUUCAAAUGAUCCCUUUAUUCUAUCAUUGAUCUAAGUGCUUCAUGUGUAAUCCUUUAUAAUUUUAGUCCUGAGUGCUUCAUAGUUUUGCAGUUUGUCCAUACACAAAGCAGUAGGAGUCAUUUUACCAAACAAGUAUAAGUAUUUGUCCUGAAGUUUUUUUUUCUCUGUUUUUUUUUUUUUUAAAAAAAAUUCUAGAUACAGUGCAGUGACUUGAUAUGUGACAAACAGCAGGGGCCAUGUAAAUAAGGAGGAUUGAAGUUACCAUGAUCCAGUGUGGCUGCUCAGCCAGAGGAUCCAUUUAAAAUACAUUGAAGUUACACGUGGUAACCUUUUCCUAAGACAGUUUAUCAUGAAGUAACCAGAAGCGUUUCUGGAGAUUCAGCUAUCUGUUAACUGAUAGCUCCAUGUCCUUGAAAACUUGCAGUCAGCAAAAGAGAAAAAGGGUUCAGAUACAGAAAUGUAUUAAGUAUGAUGAUGUUUAUUCUGGCAGUGCAAGCCAAUUAUCCUUUCUACAGACUCCUUAACCCAUCAUUCCCUAGGUAUUUUGUGGCUUCAGUAAUCAUCUAGGGAGCCAUCACUUCCUUAGCCAUACUAGUAUCUCAUAGGAACUUCGUCCAUUUUUUUUAUUCUUUUUUCAAUUUUGUCUUGUCUGGAAAUUGAGAUGCUACUCUACAGCAGGUGCUUUUAAGCCGGUACAUUAAUGGUAAUAGUGUUAUGCAAACUACUCUAAAAUACUAUUUGGAAAAAAGUGAAAAUUCCAGUUGCCUGUUUUUCCUGGAAGGAUGAGGAAUGGCUGAUUGAUGAAACAUGCUUGUCUAAACAGCUAAUCAUCAAUAUCUGUGUGUGGCCUCACACAGUUUUUGGUAUCGCUGCACUAAGAUAGUUUUCUCACUGUGAUGGUAGCGGAUAAGCAAAUCAGAUGUGGAACUCCUGCUCUGUGACCGCUUCUCUGGAACCUUUGCAAACAAAGGAGCUACAAGCUCACUCCAGGCUGUAAUGCCUUUGUGUAAGCGAUUCAGAAUGACUAAGCUGUGUUUAGUAUACAGUCUGCUAUGGUGCUUUUUUUUUUUUUUUUCUAUCAACUCUAUAGUUUCUUCUGCCCAGUAACCAUAUUGAAAGAGUUUGAGGUUUUGAUUAUAAGCUCCUAAGACUGUGAGAUCUUUGGGACAGGGACAUGUGCUCUAUGAGGCACCAACUUCUUUAGGUGCUAUUAUAGCAUGACUGAAUAAACAAACAGUAUUAGGAAAGAUCUGUGGUGAUUCACUGCUUGUAAGAGAGAUGAAGUAUGCAAAAGACGGUUUUGGGAAGGACCACUGCUGAUUUAUAUGUCGAUUGUUUGGAAUGUAAAAUUAAUAACUAGCAUUUAUCAGGGAAGUUGUUUGAUGUGAUGGCUUGAGAACUGGGAUAAAAACUCCCAUACACUUACCUUCUUCAAGAAGCAUACAUACAGAUGAAUACAAUUUUUCAAAUCUAUAAUAUUUAAUUUUCUUAUUUCACAAAUAUUUUUACAGGGUAUACUACUUGUAGGAGCUUGAUGAAAAUCAGACAAGUGUGUUAUUAAAGGGGAAAGGAUAGUACAAUUGUUCUAUUUGUAAUUUAUCGGCACUAGUCACUGAUAAUUUUGUUCUCUUUUGUUGCGUUUUUUUUUUCCUUCAGUUUAACUGUGUAAAGUUAGGCCCCCUUAUUAUGUAAGGGGCUGAAUUUUAGGUACUCAGCAUCACUGAAAAGAGUGGAUUAUAUAUAUGUGCAUGGUUUUUAAAUGCUGAAUGUUAGGCAGCUAAACUUGAAAGUCAGUGCAGCACUCACUGAAUUGUACUUGGUGAUGUCAAAAAUUAAUAGAGGUCCAAGGCUAAACUUGUAUACAAUAAAUAAGAGAAUACAAAAA